AUGAGUGACUUGCCCCAUACCCGCCCGGCAAAACCGUGGGCCGGCGGACGGAUUCUCACCCCCGCACAGCGCGAAAGAAAGAGAGCUGCCAACCGAGCUUCGCACCGCAACAGACGAUACCAAGCUGCUGCCCGCACCGCCAGCCUCGAGUCCCAAAUCGAGCUUCUAAAGGCCGAGAUCGAGGUACUCAAGCGGCGAGAGGGGCCCGAGGCACAAGAUUGCCUCACGAGUCCCCGUUCCCCCCUUCAUCCUUCCUCGGGUCAGCCAGCUUCUCAGCUCCAUGAUCCGCUCACCGUUUUUGCCUCUUCUCCCAUUGAACUUCCCGACCUGGACCUACGGCCUUCAGUCAACCUGACAAAUGCCGACUCGGGCGGCAUCCGAUGGCGAAACACCCAUGGUGGCUACAACCACAACUACCACGGAACCGAGCAAACAACGCCUCCUCCAACCUCGGCGACGAGCUGUCAAGAGAUUUUCAACCUUGUCAUCUCCCAAGCACGCCGAUUGUCAGCGUUUCAGGUGUCGACAGACGACACCCUGAACCAGGACAUGUUGGUGCGGGCCCUCGUCAACGGAUGGGCUGAUGUCCUGAUGCAGUACGGCGGGACCGGCGCCCCGUGCCCUCUGUGGAGCCUCCUGCACUACCUCGACCGACGCAUCUUCUGCAAGAGCGGAUUCAUGACGCGCCUGUGCACGCUGCGCAUGACACACGCCAUGCUGCUGUGCUUCGUGGGCGCCAGCUCCUUUCGGGACCUGCCGGCGUGGUACCGGCCGCGCCCGUCGCAGCACACCAUCCGGCACGCCCUCGCCGUCGACGUGCUCCCCUGGCCCGGCGUGCGGGAGCGGGCCGUGCAUGCCCAAGGGCUGACCCGGCAGAACCAGUUCUGGACGGACCUCGUCCACCGCUUCCGCUUCCACUGGCCGUACCACCCGACCGAGGCGGUCCAGCUCGACGCGGACACGGGCCUCUUUGCCCUCUCCGGCCUGUUUCUGAACCAGGUGCACAACAUCAACAUGUGGAAGGUCGACCUGAGGUUCUUCGACUUCUUCCCGGACCUGUACGACGACAUCAUGCCCUCGCUCGACGGCAUCGAGAGGCCCCUCUCCUCCUGCAUCCUCCCGCCCUGCACCGUCGGACCGACCCUCCACGUGUCGACCUCGACCCCUGGGGUGCAGAUGGUGGGCGGUUUCGCCGCGCUCGACGGAGAUCACAUCCCCGCGCUGCCGUUACCAGAGACUUCAAGCGACGAUGUGUCGUCAGAGCCCAAGGAGAGACAACACGCUUCACUGGCCAUGUUAACGCCCUUGACGCAACAGCAACAGCAACUAUUAUCACUUCAACAUGGCGAUCUGGGUAGACGAGGCGAAACAAGCGUCAGAUGGGGGGUACUCCAUCCAUCCUGA